AUGGCGAAGCCCUCAUCAUCUAUGGCGAUAAACUCAGCAAAUACCCUCGUAUCUCUACGAAAUUCUUUUAUCAUUUUAUUAAACCAACCACGACCAUUUUUCGUGUUUGGCGACUCUCUGGUUGAUAACGGCAACAACAACUUCUUGAUAACUCCUGCACGUGCAGACAUCUUCCCUUACAGCAUCGACUCUCCCUCAAAGCUUCCAACCGGCCGCUUCUUCAAUGGCCUUAACAUCCCUGACAUUAUCAGUGAGCACAUCGGGUCUGAACCUGUACUUCCGUUUUUGAGUCUGGAAUUGCAUGAAGAAAAGCUUCCUUUAGGUGCAAACUUUGCUUCUGCCGGAGUAGGAAUACUCAACGAUACAGGAUUCCAGUUUGGAGAGAUAAUUGCAAUGCCCUUACAAUUAGAGUACUUUAAGGUUUACCAACAAAAACUGAGUUCUUUAGUAGGAGAAGAAAAAGCAAAGGAUAUAGUAAACCGAGCGUUAGUUCUUGUUUCGUUGGGGGGUAAUGAUUUCGUGAACAACUAUUACUUGGUCCCGUUUUCUACUAGGUCUCUACAAUAUACUCUUCCAGAGUAUGUCAUCUACCUUGUGUCAGAGUAUCGCAAGAUUUUGAUGAAAAUGUACGAAAUGGGAGUUAGGAGGGCAAUACUGUUAGGUUCUAGACCACUAGGCUGUGCACCAGCAGAGAUUGCGCAACAUAAUGAGCUUAGUGGUGAAUGUUCAACCGAUCUUCAAGCUGCAGCGGAGUUGUUUGAACCACAAGUAGACCAAAUGGUUAAAAACCUUAAUGCUGAAUUGGGCACUGAAGUGUUUAUUUCAGCCAGCACAAGACUGAUGUACUUUGAUAUGAUGAACAAUCCUCAGGCCUAUGGAUUUGUAACUUCAAAAUCGGCUUGCUGUGGACAAGGAGCAUACAAUGGGUUAGAUUUUUGUAAUGCGUAUUCAAACUUGUGCGAAAACAGAGACGAGCUUGUGUUUUGGGAUGCGUUCCAUCCGUCAGAACGAGCAUGCAGAUUGAUCGUUGAAAAGAUAGUGAAUGGGACAGACGACUACAUGAGACCAAUGAACCUAACCACAAUCAUGUAUUUGGAUUCCCGUGUGUGAAAUGUUGAUAUGAAGCAUUUUUAUACGUUUCAUAUCCUUGUUAUGGUGAUUUUUUAGUACCAAUGUUUGGAAUGCAUCGUAGUUUUUUUUUUUUUUUUUUUUUUUGAA